AUGGGUUCAGGAGAUGGUGUCCAUCUGCCCUGUUCUGGCCCUGGUAACACCUUAACAUCAGAUGAGGCUGAUGAGCACCAACCAGGCCUUGUGGAUGAGAGGAGGAGGAGGAUAUCAAAUAGAGAGUCCGCUCGAAGGUCGCGCAUGAGGAAGCAGAGGCAUCUGGGUGAGCUGUGGUCGCAGGUGGUACACCUCCGGGCCACAAACAGGAGGCUUGUCGACGAGCUCAACCAUGUGGUGGAGGAGCGCGAUCGGAUCCUCUACGAGAAUGCCUGGCUCAGGCAGGAAGCAUCUGAUCUACGAGAAAAGCUCAACUACAUGCAAGUGGAGAGCACUGCUAGUUCUGCUCCAACAGCUUCAUAUGAAACAUGA